AUGCCUGAAUACCGCCACGCAAGGAGCGGUAGCCUCAACGUUGCCAACGGCGGCUCACAGUCAAACCCUCCUCUAUCUUCUGCUUCUUCUGCCGCUGGUGGUGCUGCUCCCCGCUUCGAUGGACCCCGAAGCCCUCCGAACACCUCUCAUGUUCCUUGCAAGUUCUUUCGUCAAGGUGCUUGCCAGGCUGGCAAUGCCUGUCCCUUCAGUCAUGACUUGAGCAAUGCUGCCGAAAACGUCUGCAAAUACUUUGCAAAGGGAAACUGCAAAUUCGGUCCUAAAUGUGCAAACAUUCAUAUUCUUCCCGACGGCCGACGAAUCAACUAUGGAAAGAAUGGCGUCACGAUAGGCAAUACUUCCGCUCUCGCCGGUCGCUCUAACCCCACCUCCGCAAGCAACAAUCAAUCCUCCACCAGCGCCCUCACCACCUCGCUCUAUCGCGCCGACGUUCCUUCAUACGCUUCCGCUUAUCCCUACGAUGAACAAGACCAACACUCUCUCGGUCGCCAGCCAAGUCUCGAGAAUGGCCUACCCACCAUCGACAUGUCCUAUACUGGGUCCAAUUACGGGUCUCCCCGAGACGAAGAGUCCCUGCGCUUUGGCAUGGGACUCUCUCCUGUUAACAACAAAGGUCUCUCCGUUCUAGAUGCUCCCCUUCCAGCUUCGUUCGAUUCCAAUGGCAUCUCGAAUGCCGCCCGCUUCCCUGCUGGUCCAUGGCCCUCGUCCGUGCCCAACCAAUUCGGCAUCGAAUCGCCGACUCCUUCGCUCAGCAAUGCCAAGGACUCGCGUACUUCUGAGACUCUCAAACUGUUACAUACCUCAGCUUUCGGUUCGUCGGAUCACCUCCUGGCCCCUCUGGAUAGAAGUCCUCCUAACUCUCAUAAAGCCAACGGGGAAGAAUACUUUGGCAGGCGAGCUAUGCACUCGUCUCGCUACACCAAGCCCCGGAUGCUCAGUUCCAGCAUGCCUAAGACGUCUGUUGACCGAGACUGGGAGCCUGGUUUUGCCUUUGGCGAUGACGACGAUAACCUUCCCGAGAACUACGUUCCCGAAAACCUACAAGACCUCCUUACGCCCGUCGAAAAGGCCCGACGUGGCUCUAUGCGCGCUGACGGAGAUGGCGACGGCUUGAGCAAGUACGGCAGUCCCAUUGGAACCAGCCCCAGCCGAUGGGGUCCCAUGUUCCAGCGACAAAAGGAGGAGGAAGAAACCUCUCGAUCACUCCGGGGUGUCUCGGCUUUUGGCCAUGUGGGUAGCCCACUCCGAAACUCUGUUCUGUCGCAAGAGAUGGGAGGUACAAACGGUUUCAACCGCCCAUCGUCUUUGCGAUCUGGUAGUGACGGCAUGUCUAUGCUUUCCCAGCAACUUCAGCGAAGCCGUCUUGACGAUAAUACGAGCAACUCCCCUCUUCUUCACCCCUCAACUGCCCGGGCUGGUACCACUGCUAGCGCCAUUAGCCCCAUGAGCCCAAUCGGCAAGGAACGUGAGCGCAUUGAGCGUCAUGUGUCCACUGGUAGCAUCAGCUCGUCCAUGAACGGUCGAUUCACCACUCCCAUCAACGAGGACGAUGAGAUGUUCCACAUGGAGGGCAUGGAAGACGACGGCGAUUCUGCAAUCAAGUCACCUAAGAGGACCGCAGCUGGCCUCGCCGGCAUGAACGUCUGGGGCAGCUAUGCCUCCGUCGCUGGCAAGUCCAACACCAACGGAACCAAGGGAGUUCCUGUCAGCGGCCGAUAA